AUGUCCGUCGAUUAAAUGCAACACGAAUUACAGAAGUCCCACAAUGAAUGAAACCAGUCAAUUAGAAGACACACCUGCAAUGCAUGAGGGCUGGAAUGAGAGCGAAGUCGAAGAUAUUACAUCACAUUUACAAGAUGGCAGAUUGGUUGAACUAAGCAAAUCCUUUCUCAUGAAGAUAAAAAACUGUUCUGACCUAACGAACAUGGGUGGUGGUUUCGGUAAAAUAUAUAUUUCUCGCGUUCCUAUUCCUGGAUUCAAACACAAACUUGUUCUUAAGGCAAUUGGAGGUGAUGAUGAGAACUCAAAAUCUCAGACGCAACUUUUAGGUUCAGUUAAAAAUGAGAAGCUGGCAUCACGGGUGAGACAUUUUGCCAUCGUUCCACUGCUGGCCUUCCACGAUGAUUGUUCGUUAGGUAUAUGUUACUUGAUUUCACCGUAUUUUGAAAAUGGUGAUCUGUUCGAUGCUCUUCGAUCCGACAACGGGGACAAGAUUCUACUUGAAUGGAAAACAAGGCUGAAAGUGAGCUACCAGAUAGCUUGUGGAAUAGACUACAUGCACACAAGUAAUUCGUUUCGGGGAACCAUUCUACAUUUGGACAUCAAGUCAAAGAACAUCGUGCUUGACAAAAAAUUCAACGCUAGGUUGAUAGAUUUUGGCUUGUCAAGGGAGUCAAUGACAGGAAGCAAUAUAACAACAGCGCCUUUAGCAGGAUCGGAAUUAUACCGUCCACCACGUUAUCACAAAACGAGCCCUUUACUGGAUUUGUAUGCUUUCGGUGUUGUUAUUCGGGAAAUUUUAACCGGCCUAGGUCCUGAGGGAACACGUCCUUCUCAGACACCACUGAAACUGUUGGAUAUGGUGAAUUUUGAAGAUUUGAUACAGAGACGCAUAUGGGCAAUUGAUUAUGUCUGGAAGAGUGUGUCCAGUAUAGCUAGUCGAUGCAUAUCUAGCGUAGAUGAUGACGAAACAAGUGGCCAGAUAUCAUCAGCUUUAAUACGCACAUCAUUGAAGUCGAUUUUAAUCAAAGAAUCAAUACAAAAAUGGACGGUCCUGGAUGACAAUAACUGCGAAAUAUGUGUGGUUAAUGGACAAUUGGAAAAAGAAAAUCUUUCCUUUCGCCGAGUAUCAGAAAUAAAUCAUUCUAAUUGCACAACAAAAAUCAAAAUAUGUUGUGCCUGCAUGAGGAAUUCGUACGUAAAUCCAGUCAAGUGUCAGGCGUGCGAUAACGAGAUAAAAUCUAUCAUAGGAGAUGGAUGGGGCGCCAUUUUAAUAGCUGGAUUCGACGAAGACAACAAUCCGUUUCGAAAUGAUGUGAAGAUGUUUGCACAUGCUAUAUCAUCGAAAGUUCUUCCAUCGAUGUGUGUAAGCACUGUAAUCACAAUUGAUUCGGCAACGCAAGCAACAGAACCUGUGUCAGUCCGGAUUGAUGAAGCAUUUAAGACGAUUAUGAGACACAAUGUUCACACGUUGGUGUUUCUCUACUCAGGACACCACGGCAAAGACGGAUUUAAAGUUGGCAUGAAUGAAUAUGUCAGCAUGCAACACAUUAACAAAAAAAUACAAGAAUGCACACACGUCAAAAUAGUCAUAGCUUUCAUGGACUGUUGCCAGCCAGAAAGAAUCAGAGUAAAAGAAGAAGAACAACGUCUCAUUCAAUUCAACGCAACUGCGAGUACGGAUGCGGCCCUAUCUUUACGAAACGAAGGAAGUCCUUUUACGAAGUUGUUGGUACAGGCUUUCACGAUGAAAGCUUCAGGUGGCAAAUGUGCUUUGCCGCAUUGUGAAUGUCGCAUAGAUGGACCCUUUAUAACAAUCGAUUCAUUAUCGCAUUACAUUGAGAUACACAGACAAAACGGACUUCUGCGUGGCAUGGAACCUGAAAAAAGCUUGAUCAAUAUUAAUUGGCAAAAUGAAUGCCUUGCCUACAAUUACGCAUACAAAGUGGCAUUUCGUUUCGACAUUGUACUUCCUCAUCCGUUUACGUCAAAACACACAUUUGAGGUUUUGGCAACAACUGUGAAGGACUUUGAUGCCCUGAUACAAACGAUCCUAUUUCCCAGAUUUGCUGACUUAUUGGGAGAACAACUGAAUGUGCAUCAAAAGUCAAUGUCACAUGCAGACAAGAAUGCCCAUUGCUUGUGCAUUGUUUAUGAUACGGGUCCCAAAUGUUGUGAAGAGGUAGACAACAUAGAACAUCUUUUGCUUGCUUGGAACUCGAAGCGUUUGUUGUGCUGCAAGCUACGAUUCUCACUGACAGGCAAUUGUCAUAAACCGUCCGGUUUUUUCUUGAAAAAUGGUAAACCUGUCAAGGAUUGCAUGCAUGAAAAGAACGAAUUUGAGUUGACAUAAUUGGAGAGUUUCAUAAAGGAUUUACAAGAUAAAAAGAAUAAGUGCGACCCUGACACAAAACAAGCGUUAACAGUUUUCAUUUCAAACAUGUCUUCAUUUAUUCAUGGCUG